UCAUUUGUGUUCCAGCAAAAAGGGGGCAUUGGGACAGGUGUAGGCUCAGCUUUAUUAUUUGUGAUUUUUUUAUUUAUUUUUUAUCCAAAUUUCUCAAGUGCCGUUUCAUUGACGCUAAAUUUGUCUAGUGAGUGUUCCGCGAAGUUUUCAGAUUGUCUAGAAUGGAUUCUGAGGAAGAAACUCUGUACGAUGACUCGGGCAAUGAGUCGAGUGGCGAUGAUGUUGACAUUGAGAUGGAAGUGGAAUCAACCAACCCCAAGGAAAGACAAAUGGAAGCAGAUGAUUAUCCCUUCGAAGUCUUAUCCACCGAAGAAAUUGUCCAGCAUAUGAUCGAUUCCAUUAGGGACGUGAAUACUGUUGUGGAGAUUCCUGCAACAACCACUCGUAUUCUUCUUAACUACUUCAAAUGGGACAAGGAAAAACUGAUGGAGCGGUUUUAUGACGGCGAUCAAGAUAAGCUGUAUGCUGAUGCCAAAGUCAUAAACCCUUUUCGUAAACCCAUAGUUAAUAAUAGGCAAAAGCCUCUUCGGAAGCCGUCAUCCUCAUCAGGCACAGAGGAGUGUGAAAUUUGUUUCAUGACUUUACCUAGUAAUAUGAUGACUGGCCUGGAGUGUAAUCACCGGUUUUGUACUCAGUGCUGGGGUGAAUAUCUGGGCACUAAAAUAAUGGAGGAAGGCAUGGGACAGACAAUUGCAUGUGCCGCUCAUGGUUGCGAUAUUCUCGUUGAUGAUGCUUCGGUUAUGAGGCUAGUCAGAGACCCCAAGGUGAAACUCAAAUAUCAGCACCUAAUUACCAACAGUUUUGUUGAGUGCAAUCGACUUUUGAGAUGGUGUCCUUCUCCCAAUUGUAACAAUGCAAUUAGAGUGCCGUAUGUGGAUGCAAGACCAGUAACAUGUAGGUGUCGGCACACUUUCUGUUUUGCGUGUGGUGAAAACUGGCAUGACCCAGUCAAGUGCCACCUCCUCAAACGCUGGAUAAAAAAAUGUGACGAUGAUUCAGAAACAUCUAAUUGGAUUGCAGCUAACACACAGGAAUGUCCAAAGUGUCACGUAACGAUAGAGAAAGACGGUGGAUGUAAUCACAUGGUCUGUAAGAAUCAAAACUGUAAAGCUGAUUUCUGUUGGUUUUGCCUAGGCCCUUGGGAACCACAUGGAUCCUCGUGGUAUGACUGCAAUAGAUACAAUGAAGAAGAGUCAAAAGCAGCCAGGGAUGCCCAGGAAUCUUCACGGGCACUUCUUCAGCGUUACUUGUUCUACUGUAAUCGUUACAUGAACCACAUGCAGUCCUUGAAGUUUGAGCAUACUCUGUAUGCCUCAGUGAAGGAAAAAAUGGAGGCUAUGCAACAGCAUAAUAUGUCAUGGAUAGAAGUUCAAUUUCUGAAGAAGGCAGUUGAUAUUCUAUGUCAGUGUCGACAAACACUAAUGUACACCUAUGUUUUCGCCUAUUAUUUACGUAAAAAUAAUCAGUCUGUCCUAUUUGAGGAUAACCAAAAAGAUUUAGAAAGCGCUACGGAGAAGUUAUCUGAAUAUCUAGAACGGGAGAUCACCUCUGAAAAUUUGGCUGAUAUUAAACAAAAAGUUCAAGACAAAUAUCGGUAUUGCGAUGGACGGAGAAAAGUAUUACUUGAACAUGUGCACGAAGGCUACGAGAAAGAUUGGUGGGAAUACAUGGAGUGUAACUGAGUCAUGUCCUUGUUGCCACCUUGUAUUGCGCCAUCUCCAGAACUGCCAUGGAGCAUGUUUUCUAAGAACACUGGAAGGAUAGAAGUCCCGAGACAACCAGCCUUGUGAUAAUUUUAUAAAUUAUAAGUAACUCGUAAGUGUGAAUAUGUACAUUUCUAUUUAGUUCCAGUUCAGAUUUUAUCUUUUUUAUUUUUACUUUUUUUCUCGGAAAACUUAUUUGCUUCGUAUUCGAUAUUGUACCAUUUCGUUUGUUGUCAAAAAAUGUUUGUUUAAGAAUAAAACUCGACCAUUAUCGAAACGUUUCGGUCAAUAUUUUUUUUAUUUUUUUGUACCUGGUACCUGCCAACUCUACCCUCAUUUCCUAGGUAGACUCCAACUUUUUUUUAUAAUGUCACUCAUUUUUUUUUCUUUUCUGUUUUCAUCACUAAACUGAGCCCACUGUCAGAAAGGUAACUAUCAUGAAAAAUUUUAGCCCUUUGUUUCAUAGGCUCAACGCUUUUUAGUUCAAUCCAUGUUCCUUUUUUUCGUUUUAAAUGAACAGAUUUAAUUUUGAAUCCAUCAACUUUUUUAAACUCCUGCCAAUGGUUAGACAAGUAAAGUUUUGCUCCAAUUUCAUAAAUUUGCUUCACUCAUGCUGAAAGCCUUAUGCAUGAAAAGCAGAGUAUACAAAAUCAUCUUUCUCUAUCUAGGAGUUGUUCAGUUCUAUUGCUUCAAGUCAUUUGGGUAUCAGCACCCAACAAAAAUUUAGUAAAUUAUGGAAUGUCACAUCGGCUUCUUAAGAUCAGUCACCAUUCCUCACUUCUCGUAAUCCUCUACCAAAUCAAAGCUAAUUUGGAUUCAGUCUUGUUGUCCUAAUUGUUCAAUAUCCCAGUGCUUUGAGCAACCAUAAUCCAUUUGAAAAGUUCAAGAGAUUAUCCUAAAUUUUACCGCAGCACUUUGUGUCAAUUGGCACCAGUUGAUAUUUUAGAAAUUCCCUCAAAGCACUACAGCUGUCGCAGUUAGUUAUGGAAUAUAUUUAAAGAAAAUUUUGUAAUGAUUCAAAAAUGUGUGAUCUCAAAGAGUGCAUAAGGGUCUCCAAAACAAUAUGGAAGUGUAAAAAAAAGAACCAGGUGUCUUUAUAAUUUCAUCAAAGAAUUAAUAACAGAGGGUGUGGUGAUCUCCUCUUCCUUUCAGCUCAUCACUCAAUUUUUCUUUUAUUCAAACAGGAAAGUAAGAUUUACAUCGUAAUGUAUUUGAGAGUUUGUGUGAUUUCUAUUUAAUUCCUCUCAGAUUUGCAGGUUAGCAUAGUAAGUGAAACGGAAUGAGUGUAAUCGGGGUUGUGUGAUAAAGAUAGAGAUUUACUGGGUGCGUCAAUUCUCAUUCUGCAUUUAACAUACGAGACACUUCGCCUAUGAUUAUUAGACCUGUGACAAAAUGCUUACAUAAGUUGACCUAAAAUUAAAACACUAACUUUUAAAAAUGCACUCAACGCAAGAAACAUAAAAAUAAUGCGCACAAUGUGAUACUUGUAUUUCUCUGGCCAUUUAUUUGUGGAGGUUAGAUGUGGAGGUAAAAAUCAAUAGAUUAAACAGCGAACACAUUUGAUGUAGGCAUUUUAAUUUUAGAUAAACUUUUAAAAGCAUGUUGUAUGUCUAAUAAUUGUGGGCGAAACGUCUCUCAUGUAUGAUGUAUUAUGUGAAUUGUCUUAUAAUCAGAGAUAUUUUCACUCUAACUUUUUAGUCUUAUUACUUACAGAACAUUUUCAGCAACUAUUUUCACCCAGUCCUAAGUUUUAGCCUUACUCUUUCGGCAAAGGAUUCUUUUCUAAAGCAAUCAACUAAUUUCAGAAUCGUUUCCUUUUAAAAUUUAUUAUCUGUACAGAUGAGGUCCAUUCUGUCUGAGUUGUCCACGUUUCAGUUUGGUAUCCGUAACAAAUGACAUGACCAUUCUGGAUCCCAGUCUCCCAAUUGCUUCCUCAAAAUUCUUGUAAAAUUCCUUUUUUCUUUUCUUUAAAGUUCUUGUAAAACUUCUUCUUUUUCUUUAAAGUUCUUGUGGAACUUUUUUUUAUUUUCAACGGCCUUAAACAAGGAUUUUUCUCAGACCGAAGUGUUAUUUUGUACCAGUGAAAAUCCUUCAAAAGGAUCUAAAAUUGUAGCACUGCAUCAAGGGCCAUUAAGUGCUUCCUUUUUCUCUAUCUAGCAAUCAUUGGACGUUAUUUAUCCUUUAUAUUCUCUCAUGAAAUAAAAAUACUCAAUAUACGAGGGUCAUUCAAAAAGAAAAUUUUACUGUUUUAUAACUUCUAAAUCAAAGAAGAUAUACCAAGUUAGCAUAAAUAUACAUAUUUGGCAUACCAUUGGAUUUGAAGCAAGAUUUUUGAACAUCAAUUAAUAUGUUUGAGAGAGAAUUCAACUUUCCUAACACUAACCACAGUUGUCGCAGGCCUUCCUCUAGUCAAUCAAAGGAUUGCACUGAAGUUUCUACAUUUUUCCUUGAUGUCAAAGUAGUGUUAAAAGCCAAAAAGUUGAUCUUAUUUAAAUCUUCAUUUUCACUUUGUUAAUUUGGUAUAUUUGCUCAAUACUCAUGAUCAAGAAAGGAAAUCAGAUUUUUUGCUAGUAUAUAUAAAUUGCUAGAUCUACGUCUUGUUUGACAGUGAUGUCAAAGUGUGAUGGCUAGAAAAAUUUUCUUUUGUGUUGGAAAAAUUGUAAUCCCAACCCUCCAAAAA